AUGUCUGAGCCCGGGCAGGCUCUUAAAGUGGACAGAGAACGUUGCUACAUAGCCAGAGAUAGUUUUUUCACUUGUAGUGAUAGAUACCUAGACGAAGGAUUAACCGAAGAACAGGCCACACAGAAGUGCAGAUCAGAGAAAAGACUUUUUGAUAAAGAUUGUCCUACAUCCUGGGUUGGUCACUUUCUCCGGAAGCACAAUUUCGAACGGUACAAGAAGAAGUUGUCAGACGAAGGAUUAAACGUAGCCGAGAAAGAGAAUGGUUUUUCUUCCUUGCUCAGUUGUCGUUUCGUAGUCAACACUGAUGUUGGGAAUAAACAAUCGAUUCCCAAACUUAAUAAAUGGAGAAAGACUAACAAGUAUGAGUCUCUUCAACAACAACAAGUUGACUUCAAAAAGAAGUUUCCACAAGUUCAAAUAGAAACAAUAUCACAAACAUAUAAAGAACUGCAAGAGAACUUCAAUACUCUACCUCCACAAGUCACUCCUAACGCAAGCUAUGGUUAUCGGAACUUCAGUGCUUUAAGGAGAUGCCAACGUUACAAUGAACUAAGAGAUUGCAUCCGCAACAAUCUUGAUGUGUUCUGGACGCCACCUACUGUUAUAGAAGCAUUGCGAGGUUUAGUGGAAGCAAAAAUUUACAGUAAAGAAGUCGAAGAGGAUCGUGAACUCGGCUUGAGAUUAACCAAGUGUUGUAAAGGCUCUCUACCGGCUCCUGUAGAAUAUUCAAUAAAUCUCUUGUCUGGACUGUUGAACGGUUAUGAUUCCAUGAGUCUUUCCGAUAAAAGAUUGAAUAUAAUUUAUGUAAAGGAAAUAGAGAGACUCUGUGCUCUCGUUUUCUUAGUUGAUGGUAGAUGGGAUAUCUUCAAAAAAUUCACUGAAAAUCGAAAUAUUGACUUGACUGAGCCGAUUUUCCUAUUCUGGUUAUGGAAAACUAUCGAGAGAAAGAAGGUUAGAGGAGACGAAUGUGUUCGUCAUCUUUUAGAUAAAUGUAUGAAAGAGGAAAGACUGCUCUGUGCUGAUAACUUUGCUAGUUACUUCGGUCCAUUUCUGAGCAAACUAUGCGAUCUGACAAGACCAAGAAUAUCAAAGAAUGGCUUAGUGGAGAACCGAUACCAAAUUUUAUCAAAAACUUUUCCUAGCGAUCAUAUUACACAUUUACAUAAGGAUCUUCUUUGCACACUUGAGGAUUUAUCUCGUAAAGGAGGUAGUCUUGUGAAAGAUGAGCUUACAAGUUUGGUCGCCUCUGUCUCAAACUGGAAGAGCAAUGCUAUCAAGCGAGAUGGAAAGCUUAAAGCUUUAGUGGUAGACUCUCUCAAUCUCACACCGACCAACGAAAACAACUCAUUCCAGAAUUUGAUUAAAAGAGUUGCGAAAGAGUAUGGAAAUUGUUUCUUUGUUAUUAGAAGGCAUCUCUUACAUUUAGUUCCAAAAAAUACUCCUGGUAAUGUGAAGUUCUUCGUCUGCAACGCUAAUGCCGAAGAUGAUCUAUUCGUACUGUACGCUGCCCUGACAUGGGGUCUUGAUGCUGAGAUUCUGAGUAACGAUAACUUUGAAGCUCAUGUAACAAGAGUCAGAAUUACCGGUCCUUUAACUUUGAGGGAUUGGAUAAAGCAGUGCGUUAUCAAAUUCGAGCGUGGACCUCGGUCUUACGUGUUUGCAAAUGACAUUAAAAGUAGAAAAGCGGUAGAGAAGCUCGAUGAAGAUGUGUAUCUAUUGCCUAGUCAGAGCAAAACAGAUAAACCUGAGUAUUUGAACUCUGAUUCUCUUUCUUCAGACAGUUUGUUCCAGUCAAUGAAUGAGGUGAAUAAUGAUACAUGCGAUGAGCCAAAUGAUACGUUGUUUAAUGAAAAUUCAAGUACUUGUUCGCAAUCAGAAUUUGACGAGAUGUCUAUAAUCGUGGGUUCUAUGAAUACUUUUUCAGAAGAUCCCAGUCAUACUCGUCUGACGUUUUUUCAAAAUGCAAAACCGAGCGUACGGUUAGACUCUUGGGAUGCUUGCAUUGAAGAAUUCUGUGCAGAAUCGUUUUCGCGUUUUGCUUUCACCAGGCGUGUGAGAAAUGAAUCUGAGCUAUGUUCGACUUCUUAUUUACCCUCUUGGAAUGAAGACGAUGUUAAUAUUAAUGAUAUUUUUCAACCAACUACCUCAACUAAUCAGUGGGAAUCGAAUAUGCAUGGUUCUAGUGAACCCGAACCCCUGUUAUUUUCGAGCACCGAUAGAUUAUCAACUGUUCUAAGGUGUGGAACCGCGGAUGGUCGAGUGCAUAGAAAAGACUGGGUUUACUUGUAUAAAGAAGAAGAUUUAUCUACUUCGGAUAGGUCUAGUUUAGAGGAUGUUAAAGAGUUUCCUUUAUCCCCUUCAGUGCUUUCAACUUUGUAUGAAAAUGAUACGUGUAAUGUUAAUAAUACCGGUAAUAGAGCUUCUUGUGCUUGUGAUAUUAAUAUAUUAUAUAAUAAUAGAGUAUGUAAAGCUCCUGUAGGCUUUGAGGCUACAGAGCUAGCAAAUAGAGAAGAUAGUAAAUCCGAAGUUAUUUGCAAAUCUCAGCUGGACUGUGACAAUUGCGGACAACUUUUUCCUCUUGAAGGAGUUUCCAAAAUUGAAAAAUUAGAAGAGACGGAAGAAGUGAAGGAUCUUAAAAAAAUCGAUGAAAUUGAGAAAGUCGAAAGAAUCGAGGAAUUUAAAGAUGCCGAUGAAACGAAAGAGGUGGUAGAAGUGAACCCAAGUGUAGAAGCUGGAGAAACUGACAAAAACAAAGAGGAUAGGCCAGCUGGUGAUGAAGAUCAGUACUAUGAUGAUGAUGACGAAGAAGAUGAUGAAGAUUAUGUAAAAGAAGAAAUCGAAGAAGAUGAUGAUGAUGAGUAUAGGGAUUAUGCCUUAGAAGAAGGAGAAGAGAGAGAACUGCUGCUAGAUAAAGAAGAUUUUGAACUCGAACUCUUACGGAAAGAAUUAGGAUUAGAUUUUCAACCAGAACCAAUUAAAGAAGAACCUAUAGAAGAUGAAGUUGAGGUGACACCGUUUCUGUACGAGCCGGAUGAGUAUAACGAUGUCGAUUUUGGCGCUGAACCAACAGUCAUACCAGUGUACAAAGAAGAUGAACUCGAUAAUGCCGAGCUUGAGUUGGAUGAUCCUAUUUCGUAUGAUACCUACUUGGCUUAUGUAAAAAGAGAUACCAGUGGAGAUAUCGAAGAGUCCGAACGAGCUAGUGAAAUGUUCGAACAAACUAAUGAGCUCUACAGCAAACGAAGGGAUGAUGACGACUCCGAAGACUCGCAAAGUGAAGAAAAAGAGCUGGAUUAUCUGAAGAGUGAAGGUGCACAAGCGUAUUAUUCAAAAUAUGUCGAGCAUAGUUCCGUAUAUCCUAAACAAGACGAGAAAGAAGAAGAGGAUUAUGAUUGGAAAGAUAAAGAGGGGCAAGACUAUGUUCUAGGAGAUGAAUUGAACGAAGCACCCGAUGAAGACAGUAAUUUGGAUCAGCUCCACAAUGAAGAUCAAGAUUUGGACUCGGAUGAAUCUGAGAAUGUAGAUUAUCGGUGUAAAAGUUAUCAUUCGAGAAACUAUAAAGAAGAUGAUAGCGAUUCGGACGAGACGGCUAGCUCGGAAGAUUACGAGGAUGAGGAUGUUGAUGUCGGUGCGUAUGAUGCUAACAGCUUCGAAACGAAACAGUACGAGAGAUAUGAUCAAGAAGAAUACCAACUAGAUAAUGAGGAUCACCUGCAGGUUUUUUCAAACACUGAUAUCGAUAGUCAAGGAACAUAUCUUUACAAUGGCCUGGUUGAAGAUUAUAAUGCUGUGAAUGAUAUAGACAUUGAAAACGUUGAUAUGAAUGUGGGAUCACCGGAAAUUAAUGUCUGCGAACCUUUUGACUAUAUUCCUCGAGAAAACGAGGAUUAUCGAGGUUAUGAGGGUGUUCAGUAUACUGUUUUUCAACCUGAGGAAUGUGAAGAACUGGAACCUUUUCGUUAUCAAGAACAACAUUCUGAAAGACAGCAUGAUGUCACUAUAGAAAAUCAAUAUAAAAAAUAUGGAUCAGAAUAUGAAGAAUAUCCUUCAGACGAGUUCAAAGGGUACGAACCCGUGGAAGUCGGAGAAUACGAAUCUGAGGCUAUUGAUGUACUCUAUCCUGAGUUUGAAGAAUAUGGACCUUCCGACUCCGAGCAGAACCAAGCAAUGGAGUUUGAAGACAAUAUUCUUAACGCUCAGAAAAGCAUCGAACUGCAACAGUUUUCAUUGGAGCAAUCGCACAACGGUAGCUCAUCGGUGUCUGAUAUAAAUGUUGUAGAAAAAUCUACUCGAAACUCUACAGGGUCUGGAGAACAUUGUGAUAUCAAUUUGAGAAGUUGUGAUCUUGCUUAUCCCUAUAAUAGUACAGAUUAUGAAGCUCCGUCCUUCACCGUUGAAGCAAUAACUUGUGAAACCCUGCCAUGCACGUCAACGGAAUUUAACCCUAGUAGUAGAUUGAUAGACUGCGAUGAUGAAGUGUGCAACGCCCCUUCAAUCAACGACAGAUCAGAGCAUCAAAGAGUUGAGUCAAUGAAUCCAGAGAAAACUAUGAGCUCUGGUUCCUGUAUUAAUAUUUGCUAUUCGGAUGUAACUGCAGAGUUUUCAGCUGAUAACAAUGAGCGUAAUAUUCUGGAGUCUACAAGUGGCAGUUACGAUUUCAGUGACAGUAGUAACCGUGAGAUGAGGAUUAAUGGAAAAUAUCCUGUGGACUCGAAACCGUCAGGUAGCAAAGGAUACUCAGACGGCAAUCAUUCUGCAGCGGGCGAGACGCGACGCGACUGUGACGCGCUGCAUAACUUGCCUAGCAGCAGUGGACGAAAGCGAAGAAACUGUGUAUUACACUGUUGUAGUGAUUGGAAACCCAGCUCCACAUCAAAGGCGACGAGUAGAGCAGAGAAGCAAGCCCUAAAAAAAAAAAUGAACGUGACGGUUGGUGAUAGGGAUUCUUCCGGUAACACAAAAAAAUUCAUGAGAGCUUCAUACGGAUCUGAUGAUGAGGACUAUAGUGGAGAAGUUUAUUCCACUACUGAGAACGCAGAUAUUGUAGUCGAUCUGGAAGAUCCUGACACAGAUACGGAGGAACCUACUGUUGAGUUCAACGAUGAAUCGAAGGAAACUAGACAUUUGUUAAGAACUUAUACAGCUCCGGAUCGAGUUCCAGGGAGUGGCAUAAGCCGAUCUUCCAAUACAAGAAAACCAGAAUAUAAGCAAAGCGUUGAAGCUAUGGUAAUUGAAAGUUUGAAAGAGAGCCGAGAAAAGUUUAAUAAUAAAACAAGCAAAGUUGACUUCUCCCGAUCCUCUAAGCAAGCUAGUGUGUAUGGCUAUCAUUAA